UCCUAUGUGUGAGGGCGACAAUAAGAAGAAUGCGGAAGAGGAGGAAACUGAGAUAUCAGCUGGAGGCGGAACCUAAGUGACAAACGAAAGUGGCUACAUUAAAAACAGGCUUACUGUAAACUCACUUCACAGAGUGUGGCAAACAUAUGGCUCGGGAUACACAGGCAACAUGACCUCCUUCAGGUUUCUAGAGUUUCUGCUUUUCCUUCUCCUCCACCAGGUGCGCAGUGAGGAGGCAGAGCUCGUAGUCAGAGCAGAGGGCAGCGUCAUUGAGAUGGGCUACUGUUUCGGGGUGGAUUAUAUUGUUGUUUAUAGAUGUGCUCCUGAGGGAGACCAGCUGCUUGGCAACUCCUCAGCUGACAGCACGCCCAUCACACCUCCUGCCGACCUACAGGGUCGCAUCCACAUCAACCAACAUCAGCACCUGCUCGGGCUACAGAUCAGUGACCUCAAACACAUGGACUCAGGGAUUUACAGGAGGGAAUGCUGGCAGAACCGGGCUCUUGUCAACCACCACACACAGCAGCUCUCUGUGUGUGAUGAAGAGAUUGGAUCAGAGGAGAUCAUUGUGAAACAGGAAGAUGGUAUGGCUGAGCUACAGUGCAACAGUACUUCCAUAGGUCUGGAGGGAACCUCUGUGCGCUGGUAUUAUGAAAUGUAUCCGUCUUAUAAGCUCACGCUGUUCCUGGAUAGCAGUUUGUCACUGGACCCAUUGGUGGAGGGGCUACAUGGUGUCGUAGAGGUCAGGGAGAGCGGGGCAUUGCUCUUGCUUAACAACAGCAUGUUAAAGGAUAACCAACAAUAUUACUGUCUUGUGAUGAAAGGUACGAACUGUCUCAGUUACCAAAAUAUGUACCCACCUGAGCGCAGUGAGAGCAGGGACAUUUUUGCCUCACAGGGAGACAGACUGGUACUAAAUUGCCCCUCUGAUGGUAGUAACCAGCAAUGGGAGACACCAUUGGGAAGCAUUAAUGGUAGCAGCAUGGAGAACAAUCAGAUGUACAUAUCAUUCGGUAACAACUCUGAAGACUACUCACUGGUGAUUCGUGCCGUCUCUGAUGAACACAACGGGAAAUACUCAUGUAUUUCCCCUUCAUCCGAGGUGGAGUACUCGCUGGUUCUUUGCCCCAGAAAGGAUCCCAAAAAAAAUAGUUUUGAAGGUGGGAAAGUCUCACUAAAAUGUGAUGUUGGCCAAGAUGAGGCCGAAAGGGUGCAGUGGUACCGCCAGGAAACAUCAGGGGAACAUGAACUUAUCCAUGACUCAAAUGAUGAGACCAUACCAGUCCCAGAGGAUCUGAGGGGCAGGCUGACUCUGUCUGAGAACGGCUCCUGUCUGACACUAUACAACCUGAAGAUAGAGGAUAGAAAGGUGUACUGGUGUGUUGCUUUUGGCUCUGAGUUUCUGGAGAGUUAUGAAUACAAAGAUGAUUAUGAUGAUGAGGAAGAUACCGAGGAAGAUGGGCUCAGUGAUAGCCAAUACUGGUAUGACACACACAAGUGCAUCUUUAAACAGGAGCAUUCGGUCUUGAUGAAGAAAACAGGCAAAGGCUCGGGUGUAGGGCCUGUGACCUUUAUACCACCGAGCGGUGACCUUGAAACCAGUACCACAGAUGACCCAUCAACAGACUCUAAUGUUACUGUGUAUGCUGUGGGAGGCGGACUGGCUGUGCUACUGCUGGCUGUAGUAAUUGUUGCAGUGAUUGCAAUAAAGAAGAGGUCAAAGGCCUCAGCGAAGCAGAGAGCCUCUCGGUCUAGACUAAAUACAAAUAGGGACAUAAAGAUGAACGUGGAUCCUGGUUGUACUGACAGGUUAACUAACAAUGAGGAAAAUGAGGCUUAACAGCUUUUGUAAAGUAGCUGCAAGGCAUUUUAUAUCAAAUUGUCAUUAAGUAUACUAUGAAACCUGUCCACAAAUCUGUUUUCACCAGUUGGUAAUUAUCAAACAGCUGUAUGUAUGCUUUCAAUUUCAUGUUCAUGCUGUCUUUCUCACCUUUUCCUCUUAGGUGCUAAUGAGUAAUGCUGGACUUUAUACAAUGGAAUAUGAUAAAAUGCAAUUUUUUCUUUCAAAACCCUUUUUGGUUUGUGACUGAAAAUCGUCUGUGUCUAGAACAAGACAAACAGCAACUCUCUCACAAUGUUCCUCUUCAGUUUUAGAUGCUAAAAGUAAAUUUCAGUGCACAAACCACAUAGCCUGUACAAUGUAAAAAGAUGAUAACAUCUUUUAAACUUAUCUGAUGGAAAAUGUGGUAUGGCUGUAAUGUGACAUUAAAUGAUGACUAAAAACCAGUCAGGCUGCUCUCCUGUCAACAGAUUGUUUAGUGCCAUGAAAGCUGAGUGCUACAGCCAAAAAGUACCUGACACUCUGCUGUCAAUAGAAUCCAAACAAUAGAAAGUUAUUUCACUGUGACACCAUUACUCUGCGGCACAUGAAAGUAAGGAAUAUAGUAGAUUGUCCACAUUUUCUCUCUUAGCCCUCGCUGAAUUCAUGGCUUCAUAACUUUGCAAUCUUUGAGCUAAACAAUUGUCUUGAAGUUGCCCUAAAUGAUAGAUUUGGCCACUUGGGGGCAACAAGUUGUAAACAGCAUUCACAUAUUAUCACCUUAGAAAGUUCAUAUGACUAAUUAAACUAUAUUUUUAUAUUUAAAAAAAUAAAAAUAGUCAGUGUUAACCUGGAAACAGGCUGAAUCUAAGCCUUGCAUUGCUUAUAGUACAUGCUAGCAUAAGUGCUUAUUUACACAUCCAGCAGAUACAGAGCAACACUAGCAUCCUUUCUGAAUCUGAUUAUGGACGCAUGGUAAAUGUUGUCAGUGACACCGGGGCCAGACAGGGCUCCUGUUCUCCACUCACUGCCUGACCAGACUUCACAACAAACAUUAAUAAUGUAUGAGCCCCUGUGUGCUGCACUCGCUGUUGUCAAACUGAAGCAAGCCUAUUGUACAUAUAUGUCAUGUAAGUUUGUAAACUUGUCCAUGAAAUCAUAAGAAAAGUUCAAACACUUGUUAUAGUACAUAUUAUAUUACAGACUGUGGAAAUAAUGUCUCUGGCAUUACUGUCAUGACCUGCUGCAUAAAAAGUGAAUGUAGCUGCUGUCUCAUUUAUAGCUGCAGGUUGUUAAACUGAUCAAUA